GAGAAGCCGGCGGCGGGAGCGCCUUUCCCGUCCAGCACCACCAUGCCAGCCGCCUGGUGAUCCUCGCUCAUUGCGGGCAGGAGGGAGGGAGGGCCCCCCACCGCUCUCGCUGUCAGAGCCAGCCAUGCAUCCAGUGACUCCUCUGCUCUCCUUGACGCUCUGUGCCUUCGGGAUGCUCUCUGGAACUCGCUCCAGCCGGGCAGGAGACGCCUUGUUGACGGAGAUGCAGCGAAGGGAUGGGGACCGUUUUGUGGACAGGCAAAGCAUCGUCCCUUUCCGGCUGAUCUACAGCACAGACCAGGCCAACGAAACUCAACACCACGGGCUCAACACCUGCAUCGGGAGCAGCUUCGAUGGCAAGCAGUCCACUCAUAUUGCCCGAGCCAGCUUCCAGGUUGAUGCUUUUGGAUCUUCCUUCAUCUUGGAUGUAGAAUUAAAUCAUGAUCUGCUGUCUUCAGAAUACCUUGAGAGGCAUAUAGAACAUGGUGGGAAGAUGGUGGAAGUUAAAGGAGGAGAACACUGUUACUACCAAGGCCGCAUCCGAGGGAAUUCACCAUCCUUUGUUGCUCUGUCAACAUGUCAUGGACUUCAUGGCAUGUUCUAUGAUGGGAAUCACACGUAUGUUAUUGAGCCAGAAGAAAAGUACAAUUCACAUGAAGAAACCCAGUCACACUCUGUCUACAAAUCCAGAUUAUUUGAAUUUUCUCUGGAUGAUCUUCCAUCUGAAUUCUGGCACAUGAAUGCCACAUCACAGAAGUUCAUUGUGAAACCAAGUCAUAAAAGAAGAAAAAGGCAGGUCCAUCAGAAUGCAAGCAAAUUUGAAAAGGAAACAAAAUAUGUUGAGCUAAUGAUUGUUAAUGAUCAUCUAAUGUUGAAAAAGCACCGUUUAUCAGUUGGCCACACAAACAGCUUUGUGAAAUCGGUUGUGAACAUGGCAGAUACAAUCUAUCAAGAACAACUGAACACCAGGAUAGUCUUGGUUGCCAUGGAAACCUGGGGUACAGAUAACAAGUUCACCAUAUCUGAAAACCCACUGGUGACUCUGCGUGAGUUUAUGAAAUAUAGGCGAGAUUUUAUCAAAGAGAAAAGUGAUGCGGUUCACCUUUUUUCGGGGAGUCAGUUUCAGAGCAGUCGCAGUGGGGCAGCCUACAUUGGUGGCAUUUGCUCACUCCUGAAAGGUGGCGGUGUGAAUGAGUUUGGAAAGCCGGAUUUAAUGUCCGUUACAUUGGCACAGUCUUUAGCUCACAAUCUUGGUAUUUUUUCAGACAAGAGAAAACUGCAGAGUGGUGAGUGCAAGUGUGAGGAUACAUGGUCUGGAUGCAUAAUGGGAGACACGGGCUAUUACCUUCCAAACAAGUUCUCCAAAUGUGAUAUUGAAGAGUAUCAUGAAUUUUUAAAUAAUGGAGGUGGUGCCUGCCUUUUCAAUGAGCCUUCCAAGCUCCUUGAUCCUCCAGUAUGUGGCAACAAGUUUGUUGAAGCUGGAGAAGAGUGUGAUUGUGGCAGUGAAACAGAAUGUCGUGCUGAAGGUAAAGAUUGCUGUAAGGCCUGCAGUCUAACUGCUAACUCUCAGUGCAGUAAUGGACUUUGCUGUACCAAAUGUCAGUUUGAAGCCAAAGGUGUUGUAUGUAGAGAAGCUGUGAAUGAUUGUGAUAUUCCAGAAACUUGCUCAGGAGACUCCAGUCAGUGUUCUCCAAAUCUGCACAAAAUGGAUGGGUAUUCAUGCGACAAUGGGCAGGGCAUUUGUUUUGGAGGACGAUGUAAAACAAGAGACAGGCAGUGUAAAUAUAUUUGGGGAGAAAAAGUAACCUCUGCUGAUAACUACUGCUAUGAGCGGUUGAAUAUAGAAGGAACUGAGAAAGGUAACUGUGGCAGAGAGAAAGAUACUUGGAUACAGUGCAAGAAUGAGGAUGUUCUUUGUGGAUAUCUUCUGUGUUCCAAUAUUGUCUCCAACAUCCCAAGACUUGGAGAGCUGGAUGGUGAGAUCACAUCAAUUUCUCUCCAAAAUUUGGACAAGUCCUACAUCUGCAGUGGUGCUCAUGUCAAGUUAGAGGAGGAUGCAGACCUUGGCUACGUUGAAGAUGGGACGCCUUGUGGUCCUGAAAAGAUAUGCUGGGAGCACAGAUGUCUUCCUGUGGAGUCUUUCAACUUCAGCUCAUGCCCUGGAAGCACAGACGGCAAUAUUUGUUCAGGACAUGGAGUUUGCAGUCAUGAAAUACAGUGUGUCUGCGAGGAGUUCUGGACAGGUAUGGAUUGCAGCAAGCACCUCACAGAACCAAGAAUUGAUGAAGAUUUGCACAAUUCAGGUGUCACUAGCACAAAUAUUAUUAUAGGUGCUAUUGCUGGUUCCAUUCUAGUAUUGGCUCUGAUUUUGGGCAUCACUGCAUGGGGUUACAAGUCAAACGGAUUAUCUCAUUCAUGGAGUGAAAGAAUCCAAGAUGCGAAGAACCUUUCGGACAUCUGUCAAAAUGGGAGACCACGGAGUAACUCAUGGCAAGGUAAUAUAGGUGGCAACAGAAAAAAGGUGAAAGGCAAAAGAUUUAGGCCACGAUCUAAUUCAACUGAGACUCUUUCUCCUGCAAAGUCUCCAUCAUCAUCUACUGGCUCCAUUGCCUCCAGCAGAAAAUACCCCUACCCAAUGCCUCCUCUUCCUGAUGAGGAGAAAAAGGCCAGCAGAGCAGGUGCCAGGCUAUGGGAGACUUCCAUUUAGUUCCAAAGCUGACCCAAGAACUGUUUACUUCAGAUUUUAUAUGAACUCAGCAUCACUGAGUUGCUGACCAUUCAUCUGCUAAACGGACAAUUGGACGGGAUUGGCAUGCAGCAAGCAAGUUCUCCUGAUGAAGGACAAGUCCAUUUUCUGCACCUGACAAGGAUUUUAUUAAUCAUAAGUAAAGAACAACCAAACUGUUAAAAAUAUUAACCUGGAAUAUAUGGGAUUGAAUAUGAUAAGAUGAUUCCGCAUGAUGACAGAUAAUAUGUAGACAUUCUGAUA